AUGGAGAUUGAUACUGUUAUCGUCGGCAAUGGGCCGUCGGCCAUGAUUCUGUCAUACAUUCUUCAUGGCCAUAUCCCUGUAUACUCAUCGGACCCUCCGCAUCCCGAUCAUUUACUGGAUGCUAAGUUGAAGGCUGCACCGGAUCUUCUGAACGCCGAUGUGGAUGCUCUGACAGCACACUUUGAUGCUUCACGUUUGUCAUACUCGACGCAGGCCCUUCCAGUGAAUGUUUUGUUGGACACACUUGUACGUCCAAGUGUUGAUGUGGAUGAGCCGGGCAGCAUCUCCAACGUCGAUUGGCGCUUUCAGCCGGAGAAGGCCGUUCCACAUCUUGUUUUUGGCAAGCCCGCGAAACCCGGAGGCCAAUGGACCGAAGACCCAUUGGGCGCCAGCUGGGAUAUCCAGACAUUGAGUUAUGCGGCAAUGUUGUCCUUGCCCGGGUACUCCUUUGCCGACCACCACAGAAAGACCACGGGCAAGGAGUUACCGUCAUACACGAGACCUACACGGCGCGAGAUCGCCCAUUACUUUUCCGCUUACCCCCAGGCUGUUCGUAUUGAUGAUUCAUUUCGGUGCGGGGUAGAAUUGAACGGCAUCACCCGUACUGCUGAUGGAUUUUAUAUUCGUUCGCAAGAUCUCCACUGCAGACGUCUAGUUCUGGCAAGUGGGAUUUUUUCCGAGACUCUUCCACCGGAGCCGGUACUCCGCCCAUUACUUCAGACCACAUCCACACCUACUGUUCCGCUACUCGUUGUUGGAUCCGGCUUCACUGCAGCCGAUUCCAUUAUUUCCGCCUCCCCUGACCAACAGAUUUUGCAUGUCUACAAGUGGUCACCGAAUGAUCGCCCCUCCCCUCUCCGGGCUUGCCAUCAGCAAGCAUAUCCGGAGUAUGCUGGUGUCUACCGUCUUAUGAAACGAGCUGCCCUCCAGGCCGAAGCUGCAAGUAAGAAUCAGCGACCGAAAUACCGACGCGCCACUUCCACACCAUUCCUCGAAGGCCGAAAUUGGGAAGAGCUCUACGAAGGUCUCCCGAAUGUUGAGAUCACUGGGGUGGAGAUUCUGGGCGACCUGGCAGAGGUGACUUUUCGCCGUCAGGAUGGGACGUUGUUCUCUCGACCUGUGCGUGGUCUCGUCUAUGCUGCCGGUCGCCGAGGCACGCUCGAUUACCUUGAUUCCGAGCUCCGCUGUGAAGUGUUGGGGCAGGACAACGAGAAGGAUCUAGCGAUUACCGGCCAGACUCUCCGUGCGAAAGCAAUCGAGGAUCUCGAGGUUGCUCCCGGAGUCUACAUCAUCGGUAGUUUGACGGGAGACUCCCUGGUCAGGUUCUCCUACGGCGGUUGCGUCUACACCGCUGGACAUUUGAUCAACGGCGAGCGGGACAAUCGGAGUGUCUGCAGCAGUCUUGUGUCAUCUGCCAAACUGCAUGGCUCGUCACUUACGGUGAUGAACGGAAUGGAUGGCCACCUUGUCUAUCCGAAUGGCGAUGCAUCAGACCUGACCCGCGAGGAUACUUUCAGCAAAAUGUCCACUGUCACAGAUCGACCUGCUGUCCGUUGGUGGAAGACCUUCUCCCGCAUGUGGAAUGACUUCCUACGAUGA